CCGACCUAGCCAUUGCACAGCCCUACUCCUCCUUUCUUCCCUCGCUCAUUCAACUUCUUAGAAACCCUAAUUUAAAAAAAAAAGAAAAAAAAAGAAAAAGCAAGCCAGCCAUGGGAGACAGCCAGUACUCUUUCUCUCUCACCACAUUCAGCCCAUCGGGAAAGCUCGUCCAGAUCGAGCACGCGCUCACCGCCGUUGGAUCCGGGCAAACUUCUCUUGGAAUCAAAGCUGCUAACGGUGUUGUCAUUGCAACUGAGAAGAAAUUGCCUUCCAUUUUAGUUGAUGAGACAUCUGUGCAAAAAAUCCAGCUGAUGACAACAGAUAUUGGAGUAGUUUACAGUGGAAUGGGACCAGAUUCUCGUGUUUUAGUUAGGAAAAGCAGAAGGCAAGCUCAGCAGUACUAUAGACUUUAUAAAGAACCAAUUCCUGUAACACAACUUGUAAGGGAAACUGCAGCUGUUAUGCAGGAGUUCACUCAGUCUGGUGGAGUAAGGCCUUUUGGAGUUUCUUUGCUGAUAGCUGGGUAUGAUGAUAAUGGUCCACAAUUAUUUCAGGUUGACCCAUCUGGUUCUUACUUCUCUUGGAAAGCUUCGGCCAUGGGGAAAAAUGUCUCUAAUGCAAAGACAUUUCUUGAGAAGAGAUACACUGAUGAUAUGGAGCUUGAUGAUGCAGUCCACACUGCAAUAUUGACUUUAAAAGAAGGGUUUGAAGGGCAAAUUUCAGCCAAGAACAUUGAAAUUGGAAUCAUUGGUGCUGAUAGGAAAUUCAGGGUAUUGACACCUGCUGAGAUUGAUGAUUAUUUGGCUGAAGUUGAGUAAUUGGUCUGCGCACUUCACUGCUUAAUUGGGGUACAGUGAUUUAAGCUCUCACGACUGAAAUGGAAGAAUUGAGGACCCGCAAUCCAUAGAAAUAUUUAUGUUCAUCUUGGACUUUUUGGCUUUGGUCUGUAUUUGAAGUUAUUCUUUGUUCAGUCGGAAGUCCUGAUAGCUUGUAGUGUCUUUUAUGCUGCAAGUUCUUUUACACCCAGCAGCAUUACCAUCUAAAAAGGUCGUUAGCUUGUUCCGACACUUGGAUUCAAAAAGUUCUAAAAAAAAACAUGGUUUCAAAGAAGUGCUCAAAAUGAAAAUUAUUUGCGUCCCAACUUUAUGGGAGCCCAGUUAUGGACAA